UUGACGUGUUUGUGCUCCGACUGCAAACAAGCAAACUCCACCUGUGAAACGGACGGCGCGUGCAUGGUCUCCGUCUUCAACCUGGACGGUGUUAAACAUCACGUUCGGACCUGCAUUCCUGAAGCAAAAUUUUUUGGGAAACCCUUCUAUUGUCUGAGUUCAGAAGAUCUGCGUAAUACUCACUGCUGCUACUCUGAUUUUUGCAACAAAAUUGAUUUAAUGGUUCCCAGCGGACACCUGAAAGAUAACGAACCCCCGUCCAGCUGGGGUCCUGUGGAGCUGGUGGCAGUGAUUGCCGGACCUGUCUUCCUUGUGUUUGUUGUCAUGAUCAUAGUAGUCUUUGUUUUUCAUCACCACCAACGAGUCUAUCACAAUCGUCAACGGCUGGACAUGGAAGACCCCUCUUGUGAAAUGUGCCUGUCGAAGGAUAAGACCUUGCAAGAUCUAGUCUACGAUCUCUCCACCUCUGGCUCUGGUUCAGGUUUGCCGCUUUUUGUCCAGCGGACUGUGGCUCGGACAAUUGUCCUUCAGGAGAUCAUUGGUAAAGGCCGCUUUGGGGAAGUGUGGCGUGGCAGGUGGCGUGGAGGUGACGUAGCUGUAAAAAUCUUCUCUUCACGUGAAGAGCGUUCCUGGUUUAGAGAAGCGGAAAUAUAUCAGACCGUUAUGUUGCGACAUGAGAACAUCCUGGGAUUUAUUGCUGCCGAUAACAAAGAUAAUGGCACGUGGACUCAGCUGUGGCUCGUCUCUGAUUACCACGAGCAUGGAUCUCUCUUUGAUUACCUUAAUCGAUACACAGUGACUAUCGAGGGGAUGAUCAAGCUCGCCCUGUCCGCUGCUAGCGGGCUGGCCCAUCUACACAUGGAGAUUGUGGGUACUCAGGGAAAGCCUGGGAUUGCUCACAGAGACUUGAAAUCCAAGAACAUCUUGGUGAAGAAGAACGGCACGUGCGCCAUCGCUGACCUGGGUCUGGCCGUCCGGCAUGAUUCGGUUACGGAUACGAUUGAUAUUGCACCGAAUCAAAGGGUCGGCACCAAACGAUACAUGGCCCCUGAAGUCUUGGAUGAAACCAUUAACAUGAAGCAUUUUGAUUCGUUUAAAUGUGCCGAUAUCUACGCCUUGGGCUUGGUCUACUGGGAGAUUGCUCGAAGGUGCAACGCAGGAGGUAUCCACGAAGAGUAUCAGCUUCCGUACUAUGACCUUGUACCCUCCGAUCCUUCUAUUGAGGAGAUGCGGAAGGUCGUAUGCGAUCAGAAAUUACGGCCUAAUAUCCCGAACUGGUGGCAAAGCUACGAGGCACUACGGGUGAUGGGUAAGAUGAUGCGAGAGUGCUGGUACGCCAACGGAGCGGCGCGACUCACCGCCCUCCGCAUUAAGAAAACCCUCUCACAGCUCAGUGUCCAGGAAGAUGUGAAAAUCUAG